AUGCCGCCCCCAUUGCGUCUGAACGACGCCCGCUCGCCCCUAGUCCAAGACCAGGGUGCACGAACUCCCAGUCCCAAUUACUUUGGUCUCACCAUCGAUUCCUCCGCCGACGUCUUCUCGUCCAGCGCCGCCCAGCACGCCCGCGCAAACUGGAGUCCGCCCACGUCAAAUGUUCGCUCGGCUGCCGCUGCCUCGCCCCGCGUCAUCCCCGUCGACCAUAACCCCGAGUACGAAGCCUUCAAGAAGCAGGCCGAAGAGAACAAGCCCUUCAGUUUCGGCGGCCUGUCGCAAUUCAGCAUCAAUCUCCCCAACGUACCCAUGAACCUGUCAAGCCCACCGGGCUCUGGCUCGCGGCCAGUAAAAAAGCCUGGUGACGUCGCGUCACCGUCUCAUACCGGCACCCCCGGUUCGCCCCAGAGCGCCGAGUCCAAUGGCUCCUUGUUGUCUCCCGGAAAACCUCGUUCUCCCAAGCGUAUGCUUUCGUCUGACUCCAACGUGUUUCCAAACCGCGCUCGUCGUCAUUCUCCAGCGACUUUUGAAGAUUUAGAGUCGGAUGGAAAUGAUCCACCACGAUUUGCAGACAACAGGCCUUCCUUGCCUGCUCCUCUUGCCAGAAACAUCUCGAGCCAGUCUGGACAUCAUCGGGCCGAGACUCUGCCCGUCAACUUUGAUGGCGACGCUCAAGGGCGUGGCGACCCAAUCAUGGUGACGCCACAGCAUGUCGUCAAUCUGAUUGAGUCGUCCGAGGACGAAAUUCUUUUGCUGGAUCUGCGCGUCUCCACCCAAUAUGCUGCUUCCAGAAUACGUGGCGCGCUCAGCCUCUGCAUCCCUACAACCCUUCUCAAGCGGGAGUCAUUCAACGUUGAGAAGCUGGCUGAUACGUUCAGUGACAAAGAAUCAAAGAGCAAAUUCUUGAAUUGGAAAAGCAGCAAAUACAUUAUUGUUUAUGAUGCCAGCUCAUCACAACUCAAAGAUGCUGUUUCCUGCAUCAACACUUUAAGAAAGUUUGCUUAUGAAGGCUGGAGAGGCGCGUCCUAUGUAAUACGCGGCGGCCUCACUGAGUUUUCAGCCAAGUUCCCCAAGUUCAUUGUCAACGGCAAGCAGGAGACGGGUGGAGUGCGGAAGAAGCCCAACUUGAAGCUCGGUGGUAUGCCUGGUAUGCCAGGUCCUGCUCCCGUCAUUGGUGGAUGUCCUAUGCCAGCAACGCAGAACGCAGCGAAUCCCUUCUUCGGCAACAUCCGUCAAAACAUGGAUCUCAUUGGCGGCGUGGGACAGAUGCCAGUCAAACGCCCGGCGGCCAUGUCCCAAACGACGGAAGCCGAAAUACCAGCUUGGCUUCGUGACGCUUCUGAGGAGAAGGACAACGGUGCCACUGUUGCCGACAAGUUUCUGCAUAUCGAGAAAAGAGAACAGAAGCGCAUGCAAGAUGCGCUUUCAGGCAAAGUUGUUUACGGCAACCCGGGCCCCGGAGAACAAAAGAACGGUAUCCAGAUCGCAGGCAUCGAAAAGGGAACAAAAAAUCGCUACAACAACAUUUGGCCGUUUGAGCACACACGCGUCAAGCUGCAGGACGUGCCGACGGAAGGUUGCGACUAUUUCAAUGCUAAUCAUAUUAGACCGCCUUGGUCUAACAAGCGAUACAUUGCGACUCAGGGUCCGAUACCUGUCACCUUUGCUGACUUCUGGAACGUUAUCUGGCAACAAGACGUCAGGGUCAUUGUCAUGUUGACCGCCGAGAAAGAAGGCGGCCAGGUGAAGGCGCAUAAUUACUGGGGAGAGCAACAGUAUGGCGAUUUCCGCCUCAAUUUCCACACCGAACAUCGUGCGUCGUUGGAGCCGGACGAUAUCAAACGCCACCACCAAAAGAGUGCCAUGCGGCGCCAAUCCACGCAACACGAUGGACCGGGCUCAAUGCAGAGCCAGCCAGUUGUUCAGCCUGAAAUAAUCCCCUCUCCCAACUCGGACGUACCGUAUGUCAUCGUUCGAAAGUUUACGCUUUCAAACACUAGACUUCCAUUCGAACGUAUGCGGGAAAUCACCCAGCUUCAAUACUCCAAUUGGCCGGACUUUGGCGCUCCUGCUCAUCCGGCGCACCUGCUUGGUUUAGUCGAACAGUGUGACGCCGUGGUCCGACAGAUUGAAGGCGGAUCUUUCGAUGGGCCCGACGAGUCAAAGGGACGACCGGUUCUGGUGCACUGCAGCGCCGGGUGCGGGCGUACGGGUACCUUCUGUACCGUUGACAGCGUCAUUGACAUGCUCAAACGGCAAAGAGUAACUAGAUCAGAGCGUCAAGCAACGCCCAUGGAUUUAGACUCCAAGCCAACCCCAUCCAAGAAGGACGACAACCCGUUCUUCGGAUAUGAUGUCACUGACACCAGCGGCGAUAAUGACGACACAUGGGUCUCGCGAGACGACAUAGACCUCAUCGAGAAGACUGUUGAGACAUUCAGGAACCAACGGCUUAGCAUGGUGCAGAGUCUACGACAGUUCGUGUUAUGUUACGAGAGUGUGUUAGAAUGGUUGCAGCAACAGCGGCAGUAG